GGAAGGAGCGGGCGGGCAGAGCGCGGGGCCUGGCCGGGGUUGUCCCGCCCCGGGGUUUCCCUCAGGAAGGCGGCGAUCGCGGCCUGUGGGACGUUUCUUCGGCUGGAAGUUGGUGCUAUGCCGCCCAAGGAGCGCGGCAGGGGCAAACUGCCUGCACCUCUCCCGAGGGACAUGAUCCUGAAGGACACCGAGGGAAAAACGUGGAGGCUGGGCAGCCAGAUCGGCCAGGGCGGGUUUGGCCUGAUCUACUUAGCUUCCCCACAUAUUCAUGUUCCAGUAGAAGAUGAUGCAGUGCAUGUAAUCAAAGUGGAGUAUCUCGAAAAUGGCCCCUUAUUUUCUGAACUGAAAUUUUACCAAAGGGCUGCAAAACAAGAGCAAAUAAGAAAAUGGAUGAAUCUCAAAAAAAUAAGAUGCUUAGGAAUCCCAGUGUUUUGGGGAUCAGGCUUGGCUGAGCACAAGGGAAAAAGCUAUAGAUUCAUGGUCAUGGAGAGACUGGGGCAAGACCUUCAAAGAAUCUUUCAAGACUGUGGAAGCAGAUUUAAGAAGGAGACUGUUCUGCAGCUUGGGGCACGAAUGCUGGAUACUCUGGAAUAUAUACAUGAAAACGAGUAUGUUCAUGGUGACAUUAAAGCAGCAAAUCUGCUUUUGGGUUACACCAAUUCACAUGAGGUUUAUCUUGCAGAUUAUGGACUUUCCUACAGAUAUUGUCCCAAUGGGAACCACAAACAGUAUCAGGAAAAUCCUAGGAAGGGCCAUAAUGGGACAAUAGAGUUUACCAGCAUAGAUGCCCACAAGGGAGUAGCUCCAUCCAGACGUGGUGACCUUGAAAUCCUUGGCUACUGCAUGCUGCAAUGGCUAUGUGGGAAACUACCGUGGGAGCACAACCUGAAGGACCCCGUAGCUGUCCAGACUGCAAAAACAAAACUUAUGGAUGAGCUCCCAAAUUCGGUGAUGGAAUGGAAUUCUUCUGGAAGCAGCUGCAGUGAAUUGUCCAAGUUUUUGAAGCAUGUUUAUGGCUUAGCUUAUGAUGAAAAGCCAAAGUACCAAGAGCUUAAGAAAAUCUUGUUGGAUGGACUAGAGAUGAGUGGAAUUCCCUAUGAUGGCCCUCUGGAUUUUUCCACUGCAGGAUGCACACAGAACCACCGUGCUGCUAAAGCGUCAAAAGUUCGCCUACCAAAGCCUGUGCCAAAACCAGCUCAACGGAACCAAAAAAAGAUGGAAAGUGAGGAAAACGUCUGUCAAAACAAGGCCCGGACUGGAGCAACGGGCAGACAGCUCCAGGAUGAAGAACAGCCGAGUAACUCAAACUGGACACUUCCCCAAACAGAGGUUCACUUUCCAAAGCCUUCACCAAACCCAGUGAAACAGAAGCAAAAGAUACAAGAGGACGCCUUGAAGUACCCAAGCAGGCACCAAGCUCAGAUAACGCACAGAAAAUCCCAUGCUGAAGAGAAGCCGAUGAAACUGAAUGGCACCAUUCAGAAGACUGACCCCCAAAAGGCUGCUGACCACUGCCUGGAGACUCCAGUGCAAGCUAAGAGAAUGAAGCAGAAAAAGCAGAGCUGUACCUGUGAGCAUCAGGCAGUAGAGUGGUGAGCAAGUGGCUGGAGGUGUCUUGGCUGGAAGCAGGAUAGUCAGACUCUGAAAGGUCUCCUUUUUCUCUGAAGACAUCAAGUGCUGCUUCAUAAUCCUCACAUGUACAAUUGUAAAAACACUGGCAAAUAAAAACAAGGUAGUGCCCACCCCACCUCUAUUUCUCUCCUGUAUGUUUUGUGUGAAGGUGACUUCUUAAAAAAAAAUGCAGGUAUGGAAAGAGAUGCAUUUGGUUUUCCAAUGUGACAUAGUCAGACAGCUGCCUGGAGGAGCUGACUGCAGGCACCUCACUCCAACUUCAGUGCUUACAGAGGAUGGUUAUGCUGCUGCUGCUCAUAGAAACAGAUGAUGCAGUUAAAGGUCUGAAUGCAGAGCUUGGAGGAAAAGUUCUGUCUCCAUGGUUUAUCUUCUAAGGGAAGUACAUUCAGAAAAACAUCACAUGGCUGGGACAGCAGCAAAAAGAGAAGAAAGAGAAGUGGGGCUGCUUUGUGUGAUACUGCCAGGAAGCCCUUAGAUAUAAACAAAAAGGAGGAAUGGUUCUGUGUCACAAGGGGAACACCGGAGUGAGAGAAGUAGGACAAAAAGAGCAGGAUGGUUGUGAGAGACGGGACAUCUGGCAAGCUGGGAAACAGAGAGGGUGGGAGGCAGAAACAAUGUCUAGAGAAGAAUAUGGAAGUGAUAAAAUACGGGAUGAAAAAGAACUACCUUUGUGUUGGACAUCACAGUUACCUUUCUGUCAGAUGGGGCCUGGCUUUUCAUUAAAGGUAAAAACAGUCAUGCCUUUCAUUAAUAAAGCAGCUGAUAAUGAUGAAAUCUCUACUAGAAAAACAGAAUUUACAUCAUAUUUCUUGAGCAAACUGUAGUGCUAAGGGUUAAAAGAACCCAACGUAUCCACAAAAAA